AUGUCGGGCUACGGCCACAAGGUGCAGAAGGUGAUGGUUCAGCCCAUCAACCUCGUUUUCCGCUUUUUCCAGAAGAAGAUCCGCGUCCAGAUCUGGCUCUACGACGUCGUCAACUUGAGACUUGAAGGAGUGAUCGUUGGAUUCGACGAGUACAUGAACCUCGUCCUCGACGACGUCGAAGAAAUGCACGUCAAGACUCACUUCAAACGAAACGUCGGACGAAUCCUGCUCAAGGGCGACAACAUCACUCUCAUCCAACAGGCGCCCCAAUAA